AUGAAGGGUUUGCUUCAAAGCAUUGAUAUGUUGUCAACGAAACCAGAUUUAAGUGAUUCAGACGUAAUCAGUGCUCAGAAUCUGAAGCUGGAAGUGAUUCGUAUAAAAGAGAGAUUAGUGGCCGAUAUCGAGAGAUUAAGACACAGCACUCAGGAACCACUAGAAUUGAGAUCCAAUACCCAAAAUCCUUCAGUUAUUGAAGCAACCGAUCCGAUACUCAUCAACACAAUUGAAUCGCAAUCCAUGUCCGGUUCAGUUGAUAAUAAGGCGUUCAAAGAAUAUCUAAAUUUACAAAAAUACUCGAAUGAAUUCGAGAACUCAUUUCAAAGCUUUGUUUCUGAAACCAAAUUCAAGCAAAAGAGGAAUGAAUUGCAACUAUUCGUGAAGACAACUAUCAAUACGAUAUCGUGUGAAUCCGUUGAACACAUUAGAGACAAAUUGAAUCGUUUGACACAACUCUUCAGCGAAAAGAGUGUCGAAUCCGGAGGAAAACAAAUCAGUUGUUCGGCAAAAGACGGUUCCCUUAACUUCUGUAUAAGUCUUGCCUCAAAGAUGUUUGUCAGCGUCAGUACUAAACAAAAAGAUAUUUCAUUAACAAUGGCCCCGAUUGUGGUAUUCUUAUGGCAACGCUUCCCAACAUUUGGGCAGAUAUUUAUGGCACAUAUGCACGACAAGUGUCCUUAUCUGGUGCCCUAUUAUCCCAAAAGAGACGCUGAAGAUACUGACGAUAAUGAGACUAAAUAUCUUAUCGCUUGUGGAUAUACUAUAUCUAAAGACGGAACUGUUGAACCGGAAGACUCUUUUAUCAAUAGAAUGCGA